AUCUGAAGCACAACGGAGGCAACGAUCGAUCGCAAGUCAGCCCUGCUCCCGACCAAAGCCAAAUCGCACACGCACCGCACUUACUCGUACGUACGUCGCUGCGGAUCGUAUUAGGCAUUAACCACAAUAAAAUCGCCACAAAUAAAGCCAACACUCCAAACAAGUGCCACAGCAAACAAAUGCCGAGCGACAAAUAAGCCAACUACACACAAAAACAGGCGAGAUUUCCAAAAUUACAAAAAAUAAAAGCAACACAAAAACAGAAACAACACAAACAGAAACAACAGAAAAUAAUUCCAAUAACUGUAAAGAAAAAUACAACACAACGCUCGAAAAUAAAACCAAAUAUUACAAGGAAUUUUUAAACGACUUCAACAAUUAAACGCACAUUAAAAUAAAAAUAUAAAGAAAUUCACUGAACUACAAGUAAACGGCUAUUGUGACAACAGCAAUUAAUAUAACUCAAAAUAAAACAUUCUGAUGCAGAAAUAAACUACAAAACCAAACAAAUUGAAGCUGAAAAUAGAGGAACAACCAAUGGAAGCCCAGUAAACGCUAGCAACAAAAUAAACCCACAACAACAUUCAAAGAAAAUCUUCCCAAAAGAUAAAACUGCAACUGCAAUCAACUGAAUGAAAAAGCACACAUAUUUUCGAAAAUAAAUUCAAAUUUAGCGCCACAUCCCGCAGAUUAUGCAACACUAGGCAGGCGCGAGCCAGUGCAUCCCUGGUUUCCACCACACUGCAACACUGUAGGACUGUCAGCUGUCAAUUUUCUGCGUCUGUGUGUGUGUGCGUGCGUGCGUGUGUGUUGCAAAACGACGGCGUUGCAGCCCAAAAAUUUCGCGUUUUGAACCAAAUUUCAAUUGUUAAUUAAUUAUUUGAGACAAUUGAGCCACGGCCGGCAGUGCCAGCAAGCACAGGAGAGCUCAGCCGAACAGCGACGCGUCAGGGAAUCCGCGCAAGAGGGCCAGCGCCAGGGCAGAAACGCAAACGAAUCCCAUCGAAUCGCGUUGUGUGCGGCGUGCGGUGUGUGUUUUGUGUUUUAUUUUUGGAAUUAAAUACGGCAGCAGCCCCGCGAUCCGAGCCGUGAGCAUAGCAUAGCCAUAGCCAUAGCAGAGCAGAGCAGAGGAGAACGGGAAAAGUGUGCCGCGGCCGGAUUUCACAGCAAGGUAGCAAUAAUAGACGCGCGCGGUGCCUUGGAUUUCUACGGCUCCACCGUGGAGAACUUUUACCUGAGAAUGGACCCGACGCGAGGUGACUCGCGCUACAACCUAAACUACUCGAUGAGUAGUAUAGGCCUGAGCCUCGCCGACCAGGCCGAUAUGUACGGCAAUCCGGCGGUGGCGGCCCUGGGCGCACGUCCGCCCAGCGGCGGGCUCCUGCAGAGCAUGGGCGGUGGCGGCGGCGGUGUGCCCAUGCAGCGGCCCAAUCCCACCGGCGGAGCAGCUCCAUCGCAGUGCCAGACCCUGGGUAACAGCCAGACGCAUCACAGUCCCCAGCAUGCCGCACAGCAGCAGCAGCAGCAACAGCAACAGCAGCAGCAGCAGCAGCAACAACAGCAGCAACAGCAACAGCACCGCGCCCUGAAGCGAUCCGGCAGCGACUGCUACGAGGAUCACCAUCGCUCGGCUGGCGGCGGAGGCGGCCUGACGCUGCAGGGCCUGGACAACUGUGGCGCUGGCGGGAGUGUGGCCAGCGCCGGCGUCGACGACAAUGUGGACGGAUACAAUCCGCUGCCCAACAAGAAAUCACCGCCCGCCAACGGCAAGAAGACAAAGGGACGUGUCAAAAUCAAAAUGGAAUACAUUGACAACAAGCUGCGUCGCUACACGACCUUCUCCAAGCGCAAGACGGGCAUCAUGAAGAAGGCCUACGAGCUGUCGACGCUGACUGGGACACAGGUAAUGCUGCUGGUUGCCAGCGAGACGGGUCACGUCUACACAUUUGCCACGCGCAAGCUGCAGCCGAUGAUCACCUCGGAGGCGGGCAAACAGCUCAUACAGACCUGCCUCAACUCACCGGAUCCGCCCAGCGUGGGCGGCGGGGACCAGCGCAUGUCGGCCACGGGCUUCGAGGAGACGGAGCUCAGCUACAACAUCGCGGACGAGGACUCCAAAGAUGAUCGAUCGCCAACAUCGUCGGGCAAUGAGUCGGACGACUCUUCGGACGUGGAAAUGCCCGCUGAAGUGUCCGAAGUGGUGGCCACAAAACUGCCAGCCAGUCAGAAUCCCAGCAAAACAGAGGCAACUGCAACAGCAACGACAUCUUCAGGUGCACCUGCAAUUGCAGCAGCGGCAACGUCAGUGGCCGGCUCCAAGCCGAUGCCAGCACUGAACUAUCAGACUGAGAGCGGACCCUCAACGUCCACGGCAGCAACUACCGGAGGAUCGCCGGGGGAGGGCAAAUAUGUCUAUCCGGCAGCCUCCUUUGCCAACAUACCCCCAAAAAUGUUGAGGCAACUGAUACAGACGGGACACUUGCAGCUGCACGCUGAGGAGGAUGGCAACCAGUAUGUGACAAUCCCGCUCAGCUCCACGGCAGCCAGCCUGAUCAAGGGCAACAAAUUGACGGCCUCAUCGUCCAGCGGUGGCCCUGGAGGAGGAGGAGGAGGAGGAGGAGGAUCCACUGCUGUCAAGUCGGAGCAAACUCCCGAGAAAGCAACGCUGAUCAUUAAACAGGAAUAUGAUUAGCACCCCGCUACGACCACUGCUUGCCCAACACUGAGAAUAGCGUUUAUCAGCACUGGCCCACAACAACGGGGGCAACAGCUGCAACAGGGGAUCCACAGGGGAUCCACUCUCCGCAAAGUCUAUUUAAAGUUUUCACGAUCGCCUGCUAACUCUAAGUCAUACUACUACGAGUAUAUCCAAUAUUAUGUCGUACAUAAACUAUUUUUAUACCUAUAUAAAGGGAAGAGAAAAAGCAAACCCUGCCAACGGCAUAUCUACAUA